CGCAGGUGGUGGCUGCUGUGGGAAGUCAUGGGGCCAGGGGAAGAGAGAGACUGCAGAGAACUGUGCUUUGAGCAAGUUAUGCUGGAUGUAGAGCAAGAGACGCAAAUGAAAGAAGUGGUAGAACUCUCACUAUUUGAAAUGAAAAACACAGCAGCAGAACUGGAGAAAAGACUGAACAACAUUGAGGAUGAAGAUAAUGAAUGGAAGACCAGGUAUGAAACACAAAUAGAACUGAACAGACAGUUAGAACGGCAAAUUGGGCUUCUCCGGGGGAAAAUGCAGCAUGUUUGUGGCAACCCAAUAGGUAAAUUGACUUCGGUUCGCUCUUUUGAUCAAAUGCACCUGGAUUCUUUAAAUCAGUUUCUGAAACAACUGGAAGAAGAGAAGAACAGUCUCCAGAGCCAACUGAAAGAUUAUGCACUCAGAUUGGAACAAGAAGUGAAGGCUUACCAUAAAGUUAAUGAUGAACGCCGCGCAUACUUUGCAGUGAUUUCGCAGAUAUCAAGAUCAUUGAAAUCAUCUGAGAGGCAGAAAAUGGAUACAGUACAAAUCAAGAGGGAAGACCAGAUUCAGAGAGGAAGGUAUAAUAUUCCAAAGAAUCGAAGAAUCUUGGACCCAAAGAAAGGACCAAUUAAGAAGACUGCAGGAGUGAAGUAUCUUCCCAAACUGAAAGUUUGACUACUAUUCCCAAAAUUUUCUAUUUGUUUAUUCCCCCUUCCCCAAUAGGAAAGUGAAUGCUUUAUUUUAAGGCUGAAUGUAUACUAAAGUCCCAGUCCUAACCAUAGAAGCAAAUACUCUUGCUCUUUGGCACUCUUUCAGUUUGCAUGCAAGGGUACAUCUGCGCCAGGUGCAAGAUUCAUGAUAUGUCCAUGAAUAUACUGCAGAUAACUGUUGCAGUCUGCAUCCCACCUCUGCUGGUCAGAUCAUGCCCUGCUUCGGUCACCCUGCUUUGUGUGUGAUCCGUACAUAUACCACUAGGACAGAACCUUUAUAGCUGUGACUCUGACCCUGCAGAACCAUCUUCUACAACUGAUGGAUUGUUUUCCUUUGCUGUUAUCACAGAAGAUGAAGAACAUGCUGUCAAGGUGCAACUGACUUGUGGUGACCCCAUCCAUAGGGUGUUCCAGGCAAGAGACAAGCAGAGGUUUGCCAUUGCCUUCCUCUGCAUAGCAAUGCUAGUGAUGUUUUACAACCCCUCUGUAAUGAGAGUGCCUGUAAAACAUUGUUCACUGGGCUUUUAGGAUGUUUCUAGAGUUUUUCUGACUGUCUGGUUUAUGUGCGGCUGUUUUUAAAUCUUGUUUUUAUUGAUCUGUUUAUUUCUUGAUGCUGAACAUUCAAGAAAGGUUGAAUGUUCCAGGAAAAAUAUAUCUUGGUGAUAAAAGAAAACUGCACUGUUCUAUGCACACACAUGUGCAUGUGCACAGACAGACAGACACAGACAGACAGACAGAUUUCAGGGUAUAUACUUUUUCAUGAUGCCUUCUUGUUUCCUUUUGUAGGACAGAUUGUUUUGCUGGCAUAUUUCUUAUCCCUCUGAUAUAUCAGUCGUUCCUUGUCUUUCUAGGGAUUUUGCACAGGGACAAAGAGCAACCCAGUUUGGUUUGCUACACCAACUCAAAAUGUUACCUGAAUGUUAUCCCACCCCACCCCACACCAACCCAAAGCUUACACAUAUUUUGAGAUUUUUAAACUUGCCUUUUUAACAUUUUAAUAUUUUUACAAAAACAUAUAUUUGGUCUGGGUGGCUCCCCUUCUGGCUUUUUGAACCACUUGGCUAGCCAUCCCAUCACUAUUAGGUAUAUGAUGAAAUUGUAUGAAGAGAUGAUGAAGCAGGAAUAGCUAGUGCUUAUUCUCAUUCAUAGCUUGUUCCCUGAUCAUGGAGCUUUGAUACAAAAUCCUACUCAGCUAGGAAGCUCACCAUGUCAGCUGCUAUCUUGCUGACAUGGAUUGCAGGAUUGCUGUAAGAAUAAAUGAGAAAAAAUGCAAGCCAUGGAGGAAGGACAUAGUACAGAUGUAAUAAAUGAAGUCAUCACAUGAUGCUUCAGUCGAGAAGUGGCAUGUGAACUGGCCCCAAGGACUGUCCACUGAGCAACUCAAGUGUUUCUGUAGCUGUGUUACAGGGAGGGAGAGGGAGCUUGACAUGGAGUUGCUUUUUUUCAGCAGCAACCCUGUGUUUGUUGUUGCAUCUAGUUCCAGCCUCUAUGGCACAUAAUGGAACAUACAUUGGAUCCAUGCUGCAAAUAUAUUAAGGAGGCCAGGAACAGCAGCUUAACUCUUGGCAGAUACCAAGUUGCUUGUUAAGAGUGGUGUGAAUUUCAGUCCGAGCUUGUGCAAAGGUCCAAUAGAGUGCCUCUGGCUGCCCUAUACUGAUGAAUCAUUCCAGUGUAUAAACUAUUAAUUAGGGAAGGCUAGGACAAAAUAACAAUUAAAGUAGUAAGCCUCUUCUGAAUGUGGCCCAUAUCCAUAACUAACUAUAAAGUACUCCUUGGAUUUAUGUACCAGUAAGAUAUUGAGAUGUCAAAGUGCUUGUAAAUUUAUUAUGAUCAAGUAACAAGUAGAGCUCGUGUAAAUGGGAGCUGCAUGAAAGUCUUGCCAGGUUUUGCUUGAUUAAAUUCAACUGGCAACUGCUUCUAUCUAUCCACAAAUAAAAAGGAGACUAUAGCAGUGCAAUCCUAGACAGAGUCUUCCUGCCUAAACUCAUUUGAUUUCAGUGAAUUUAGACUGGAAUAAAUUGGCAUAGGAUUGCAAUGUGAAGUGCAAAUUAUACUAAAUCAGGUGGAAGGACAAGCAAUUUGUCUUGAAUGCUUAAUUCAGCAUGAGAGUUGUUGACACCCUGAUCCUAAAGGCAUUCUGCUGAUUUCACUGGGAUUCUCUGCUAUGCAUUAUAGAUUUAGGCUAAUUUCCCCAUCCCUGUGUGGUGAGUUGUGUAAGCCCCAGAUAAUCUCUGAGGUUCACCAGUCUUGUGAAUAAGAUCUAUGAAUCUCACUGCCUGUGUUACAAUGAAAGCAGUGAGAGAAGCAGCAAGAGGCCAUUUUGCUUCUUGUAAUGCUUUUGUGCAACAAGAUACAUGAACUAGUGCUCAGAACAGAUUUUCUUUUGGAAUCACCUUUCAUCGGUCUCUCCCCGCCCCCAGUCUGAUCACAUUCACUUUUUUUUAAAAUAGCUCUUGUCACCCUUGAGAGAGCUCAGAACAUGGAAAGAUAGAAACUCUUGCAUUCAGAAGGAUUGGUCCAGGUCUAGGGACUGAUGCUUCCAUAUCCUUCUCAUUUAUUUGGACCUAAUAAUAGUUGCUUAUUUCACUCUGAUUAGGUUACACAUAAGGAUCCUAGCAGAUAAAGAUCCCAAGAACUCUUUUGUUUCUUAUCGUUCAUUCAUGUUCCUAGAAACUUCUAAUCCAUUCAUGUCUUUCCUCAUUUUUCAAUCACUCUUUCUGUCUCUACCUUAGGUAUGCGAUAUAGCUGUCUGUUUCUAUCUGGAGGAAAAUCAAAUCCUUUCUGUCUAAUGGCAUCUAACUUGCCCAUGUUGUUGGAAGUUUUUACUAUAAAAUCAAUACCUGCAAUGCUUUUCUUCCAACUCUGGAAUAAGGCCAACCUGUUUUAAAGAGAAUUAAAAAACAUUUUGUGCCAAACAGAUACUAUUCUGUAUUGCACAAAUGGUGAGUGAAAGACCUUGUUUUAGAAACAACAUGGUUUGUUUCUUUUUUUUCUUUUCUCAUAGUAUAUGUGUAUAUGUAACCUUUUCAAUUGUUGUCAUGUAAGCAUCUCCUCUUCGCAGAUUAUUUUAUGGCUGCUCCCACAGGGUUUUCCCCACUGAGUGGAAAGCAAUAAGCUCCUGAAUGGAAAGUGAACAGAAUGUCCCUAUGAUGUUGUGUUUAUUGUUAGUGCAACUCACGGUGUUCCUAAGGUUUCCCCCUUAAAAAAGAUUAAAAAUAGAUCUGUUUUAAUGCAGCUCAUAGGGGAAUCUGCAGAAUGGCUACAGGGGAAUAUAUCUGUGGACACCCAUACGCUCUUGAAGGUGGGUGAAUCUAAGUUCCACUUUCAAAAUACUCAGGGCAGCCCAUGCCAUACAAACGCUUAGCCUUUCAAAGGGCUUUUUUCCUUUCCCUGCUGAGCUGAGAGAGGAAAGGGAGGGGGUCUGAAUUGGAGGGUCCUGGUGAAAUCAUUGACACAUCUGCAGUUUUGUGCAGGUAUAACAUAAAAGGGGGAAGCAGGGUUGGGGCACCAGCAUGGGAAUGGUAUAUGUGAAUGGGUGCAGUUAUCACACCACCUGCUGCUCCAGCAGGGGUGAUUUUUUAUAUCCCAUGUGCACACUGCCUAGUGUUAGAUACUUCCCUAGAGCUUUUCGGUAGUAUAUAUCUGUGAGUGCAUUCUAUCUACACUUAUGACUUUUUCUCCAAGACAGCUCAUACCCAUUGAUGGGAUGUACGGACACUGCAGAAUUCUCUGCUUUCUAAAGAAGUGAUAAUUUUGUAGGAAGGGGUGUCUUAUAUGUCUCUAGCAGGGAAAACUAUACUAUGGGUACUGUGGAUAUAUGUAACAGUGUUCUGUCAUUUUUCCAAUCUGUAACAUUAUAA